AUGGCGCAUGAACAUUGUAAUCACCUAGGCGGUGUUGCUACAUUCAAGCUCUUCGGGAUGUAUUUACGUGUACCUCAGCCAGAUUACCCACUUAGAUUGCUACUCAACCCUGGUCCCUAUAAUCGCGAAGUUCGUAAAGUCAUAAUGCACGGGAAAUACCUUUCCGAGCCUGAGUUGUCAUCUUUACAUGACACAGGGAAGUUGGCAAAGUCGGUCACUGGAUGA